AAUCAGAGAAACACCGACGCUGAGGUUCUUGCUCAUGCGGCUCAGUUGAUUGAUCGCUAUCACCAUGUUGCCAUCACGGAUGAACGCGAUUAUCAGCUAGUUGGGGCUACCUGUUUUCUACUUGCCAGCAAACUGAAAGAAGCAAUACCGGUGUUUAUUGAUACGCUAAUACAACACAUGGGUUUCUCUUUUAAUAAAUUCGACGUCUUAGCGAAACUGCAGUAUGCGUAUUUCUUCAUCUCCACAAUAUUGAAGCGUGAUAUUGUGGAGUUAUCGGACGCGGUACCGAGCGAUGACCAGGAACCGUCGAGUGAUUCUCCGGAGUUGCCAAGUCAGAGUCCGUCUUAG